UUUAUAUUAUUUAAUGAAAGACACAAAAAGGUACAAAUCUAGAGAUGCCAAUUAACUUGCUGCUUUGAAAUACUUGUGUUUUCGUGGUUUUUUGGUUACAGUCCACCCUGCAACUAGAAACAGUAAUAGGAAAAUACCAGGGAACUUUAUAGUUAGAAAGCAAAUUCAAAUUACAUUUCCCAGUUGAAAAAAUAAAGAAAAUGUAUUUUCUAGUCGGCAAAUAAUUAAACACUGCUCUGCUAUAUCUCUAUAAUUUUCUCCCUUUUCUGUGACGGACGACGUAUUUUUUUAAUGAACUUUAAAUAACAUGAAAAAUGUAUGCAAGCUCAUAAAAUAUUUCUCCUGCCAUGGCCUUUUGCUGUCAUACAAUUUUUUAUCGAGGCCCUUGCUCGACGUCAGUUACUGGCCAUCCAGUGGGCGGUGGAAAGUGGGCUAAGAAGUCGGAAGGUUGGGGGAAAGUGGGAGGAGUGGCAUGCGCGGAAUAAUUGAAGGAAUCUUUUUUUCCCAUGUUAGGGCUUACUCGCCCAAAGUGGGUCAAUGUAUAUGUUUCUAUGGUAUAAAAUUCAGGAUUGACAACGGUGGCGAUCCUAUUGACAUUUUAACUUAACAACUCCACAGCCACUGUCAGAGCUAAAUUUUAUUUUCUGAUUUUUAGGAUUAUGUAAAAACAACAUCGCACCGGUUCGUCAGAAAUCGCUGCCAAAAUCCCAUUGAUCAUUUAAAAAGCAAAGCAAAUAUUGAUUAAUCUGGGUUGGAAAAACGUUUGACUUUAAAGUCCUGAUAAAACUACAUGAAUUUACUUUUUCGGUUUCAUUUACGUACUUUAACCAUGGCUGAUUUACCUAAUGUUUACCUGAUUUGCCAUGUUAAGUCAGUUAUAAGAAAGAUAAUUGCAAUGAACCCAGAAAUUGGCAUUUAUCGCCAGUUCCCAGAGGGCACUGAACAGGAGUUUGACCCCAAAAAAGUAAGGUAAAGCGAAAAAAUUAAUAUAAUACUGCACUGAACUGACCUGACCUGCAUUUCUGGACUAGAACGGAUAAAACCUGACGAAGCUACAAAGGAAGUCGAAACGGAAAUGAACAAAAAAUGUUAGCAACAGGGGGAACAAGUGGGUGGCCACUGAGAAUCGUUGGUGCGGAGCGGUGAUUGAAAGCAUAAGCCAUAGCGGAUAGCAGGAAAAAGUUUUGCACAAAAGUAAGCUAACUUAGACAUGAAAACAAACAAACAAAACAAUUCCAGUUCAAGCCAAGGUAAAAACCGAAGCGAAGCAAAAUGAACCACGCCGAUCCAAGUCGAACCGAACUAAAACCAAAACCUAGGGAAAACUGUUUGGCCCUUCGCACUCUAUAUAGGUAAACAAAGCCCCCUGGAGUAGUAGAUGGAGUUGGAUGGUGGAGUACAAGGUGGCGGUGGGUGCCAAGAAUGGAAUUGAAAAUGAAAGACAACUUGACGGCGACUUCAUUUCAUGAUUAAGUUGCCCAUAUCGAUUUCCUUUCAACAGACUUUAUGAUGAUGAAAAUGGAAGCCCUUCUUCUUCGGUUAGGCUACCGCAAGGACCUGCGCCUGCGGUUGUCAAAACCCAGCAAACUCUCACCCAUCCAACCACAAGCCACCGUGGACACAUAUGUGACUGACUCACUCACAUUCAAAACAAUAGAUGACGACGACGACGACGACGCCUUUUCCAAGACAAAAAAAAAAGAAAGAAAAAGAAAAGGUUGCAAAACAUACAUAAAUUGUGAAGGAAAUGUAAUUGUUAGGGACAUCUUGGGACUGUUCUGUAUAGCCAAGUAGUCGGCAAGUAAACAAAAAAAGAAAAGGAAAAAACCACACAGAUGGCGAGAAUGGGUACAUGGAAACAGGAAGUGGGUUAUUCCGAGGGCAUACCGUUUGUACACAUAUGGUUUAUGUGCUGAGCUAAGUGCUUUAGAACUCCCAAAAAACUUUGUAAACAACUGAAUUUUCACUUAUUCAUAAAAUAAAACGUUGUUAAACUAGUUUGUGUAUUCAGGAUUUUACUAAAUCAUAACAUGUUUCGUUAAGAUGUCUUUGGUUGCGUUGUAAUAAAAAUCAGUAGGCCCUAAAAUUUUUAUCAUUUAAGUAUGUCCUGAUUCCAUUGGAGUGUUUUUUAAAACAUAAAUUCUAUUGGUAGAAAAAAACAAAAAAAAAAAAUUAAUGGCUGAUCCUCAAAAACCACAGCCCGAAUGGGGCAUAAAACUGUCCAAAUUUUUCGUACUACCACAACGCUGGAUUCUGGCUAUCAUGGGAUUCUUUGCCAUCUUCAAUGCCUACACCAUGCGAGUGUGUCUUUCACAGGCAAUCACAGUUCUCGUGGUUAAGAAGAAUUAUACGGCAGCAGCACAACAAAAUGAAGCAAUUUGUGAUGCGGACGAAGAGUCUUCUGAUUCAAGUAGCAAAGGUGAUUCAGGUGGCACCUAUACUUGGUCUGAAGAGAAGCAAGGACUGAUCCUGGCAUCGUUCUACAUUGGGUAUAUUGUAACGCAUUUACCCGGAGGCCUCUUGGCUGACAAAUUUGGCGGAAAGUGGAUCCUGGUUAUUGGAAUCUUUUUGACGGCCAUAUUUACACUAGUUACGCCAGUGAGUAUCGUUUAUGGCGGUGCCGAUGCCUUAAUUGUUCUUCGCGUCUUAAUGGGACUUGGCGAAGGAACAACAUUUCCAGCCCUAAGCGUUUUGCUUGCCGGGUGGGCACCGGCAAGUGAGCGGGGAAUGUUGGGAUCCCUGGUACUCGGUGGCGGUCAGGUGGGUAGCAUCGCUGGCAACAUAUUAUCCGGCCUAAUACUCGACUCCAUGGAUUGGAUGUGGGUAUUCUAUAUAUUCGCCUUUAUCGCGAUUUUUUGGUGUAUUCUGUUUACGUUGCUGUGCUUCAGCUAUCCAUAUACACAUCCUUACAUCAAGCCAACGGAAAGGGAAUUUUUGGCCCAGGAGAUACCACCACAGGAUAAGAACAAGCCAAAAACCCCAUUUAAGGCCAUAUUUACGAAUAUACCCAUGUGGGCACUUAUCAGCGCACAGAUCGGUCACGAUUGGGGAUUCUAUAUCAUGGUUUCCUACCUGCCCAAAUAUAUGCACGAUAUUUUGCGUUUCUCGAUAAAGUCCAAUGGUUUGUAUUCUUCACUGCCAUACGUUACGAUGUGGAUUAUGUCGCUACUCAGUGGAUGUGUGGCCGAUCAAAUGAUCAAACAUAACUGUAUGAGCACUACGAAUACGCGAAAAAUAAUGACCGCAGUGGCGGCUUUUGGACCUGCAAUAUUUAUGAUCGGCGCAUCCUAUGCCGGAUGCAAUAGAGCACUGGUCGUCACCCUGUUUACGAUCGCUAUGGGUCUAAUGGGAACAUAUUAUGCAGGCAUGAAACUCACGCCUCUGGACAUGAGUCCCAAUUAUGCUGGAACCCUGAUGGCCAUUACCAAUGGAAUCGGUUCGUUCACGGGCGUAGUAUCUCCCUACCUAGUGGGUGUAAUGACACCAAAUGCCGACCUAAUGGAAUGGCGUAUGGUCUUUUGGGUAGCCUUUGGCGUGCUCUCCGUCACGGCGGUUAUCUAUUGCAUUUGGGCCUCCGGUGAGAUUCAACCCUUCAACGAUGGCACCAACUCAAACAAGAAGCCUGCUGCUGCAACAUAACUAGUCAAUUAAGUCAAGAAUCAAAUAUUUUUAUUAUCAUCCCGUCAAAAUUAAAAGUGUUUAAGGAUUUAAUUUCAAAUAUUUUAGAUACCAAUGGAUUUUUUUUAUAUUUAUCUAUGAGUGUCUCACAACAGAAACUUACUUAUUAUUUUAGAAGCAAAAAUAAAGCAGACAGUGAAAAAGGGA